CCCACGCCAGCCCGCCACACUGUGACGUCUUGUGCUGGAAUGUGUGUGGUGUGAUAGACCUUCACUGUCUCGGAAAGACCUCGUUGAGAGUGUGCGUGCGGUUACUUGUCACCGCAAAAAGAUGUGCCUCAGUCAAGUAGUGAGAAUCACUGCGGCUAUGUCUUUCGAGGCAGUUAGGCUUUUAUGUUCCCGUAGCCCCGGGAUAUCGUCGACGGGUUCGAACCAAGGUCGCCUCGAUGAGCGACCUACCAUUCUCACGUGUAGAUGUGGCGACAGUCGCAAGUAAAUCGCUUACAUUUCUGGUAAAGUUCAUCAGUCUUUCCUGGCAUUCAGGUCACUAUUUGAGGUGAUUGCUUCCCGGGUUGCAUGCGGCCGUAAUUCGGAGGGAUCCAGGCUUGGCACACCGGCAGGGGAUGACGGCUGCUGGCGCAGCAGAAGACGGUGACCACUGCGGCCGCCGGAGCCCCCGUUUGUGUUUCGCUUAUGCAAAGUCGCCAUUUCUGGCUAAUGCGAAGGCCAAAUCAAUAUAUUUUCAGGUGUAUUUCCAACACAAACGAAGACGUGAUUAUAGCACGGUGUGUGCAACAAGUGAAGCCGUAUUCACGGUUCUGUGUCGCUUUGCGCCACAAGCUUCGGCAAAUCUUAGUACUCACGUUCCGCCACACACAGUUCCUUGCGUCACUGAAACUGUGGCCGACCUCCAAUGUGUCUUUGUGUUCAUUCCAAAGUAACUAGACACAUCUCUACCUUUUUCCUGAGCAGCUUGGGCAUGUCCAUAUCUGUCGGCUUUCCUGAAAUCUGCAGCCAGUGUGUGUGUGUGUGGUCCGCGAAACUCCGAGGCUGGUGCCAUACAACUCUCGCUCCAGUGCCGCCACACCGAGGAAUCCUGUAGGACACGUCGAAUGAACAAACGUGUGUAUCGUUUCUUUUCACAUUCUGCCGGUUUCAAACAGACGAAGUUUCUACUGAUGACAAAAACAAUGGCGAAGGCGUUGUGCUGUACAGCAACGAUGGCAACUGUUGCACUCCUUGCCACCGUUCUUCUAGGGAACUUGCCUGCAGGUUCUUUCUCCUUCGUCAUUGGCACAAAGGCUGUGGGAAGCGUCCCACUCGGCUCAGCAGCGUCAUCAGGCGGCAUGUGCUCCUCAGUAUCAGGCGGGCCAGCUAGUGUUUUCUCUUCGAGCGCUCUGAAGGCAGCAUCAGCCCUUGGGUCUAGAUCUCUCGCCUUCGCAAAAACGAAGACACUCAGUGAAGGAGACCCAGCGCCAGAGUGUGUCUGGAAGGUUCGUGCUGCGGCGCCGGAGGGAGGAAUGACGUGGGCAGAACUCGAGUCCACCACAAUGUUCAAGAACAAAAGAGUUGUCAUUUUCAGCCUUCCCGGAGCGUUUACACCUACCUGCUCAUCCCGGCACCUGCCUGAUUUCGACAAAGAGUAUGAUGCUAUCCGUGCCCUCGGGAUUGACGAGGUUUACUGCCUCUCUGUCAACGACACCUUCGUAAUGAACGCCUGGGCUUCCAGCUUGAAUGUGAAGCAUGUUAAGAUGAUUCCGGACGGCAACGGCUGUUUCACCUCAAAGAUGGGCAUGCUAGUGGAUAAAACCAACCUCGGGUUCGGCCCGCGAUCCUGGAGAUACGCCAUGGUGGUCCGUAACGGCACCAUUGAGAAGCUGCUGGUGGAACCGGAGAAGCGCGAUGACGCGGAAGACGAUCCCUUCGUUGCGUCGGACGUUGCAAGCGUGCUUAAGUAUCUGCGUGAUUCUGCUGAUGUAAAGGGCGCAUGAAAACGGUGAGAAUGCCUCCUUGUAGCAGCUGAACUCUUGCUUCCUACUCUGUGACCUACUGCUUGUUUUGAAAGUCGCCAUGUGGAGACUUGCUAGGAUAACCGGUGUCGCCAGACCUUGGUUCGUUGUGGGCUCCACUCAGCGUCUCCAACCAAUCGUUUUUGAAACACGUGGACCCUCUGAAUUCUGAGGUAACCUAUGUAGCAGGCAUCUGAUGAGUCGCACUCACUGUCCAUCUGUGAAAGAUCUUUUGUGGCGCUGACACAAUCUAGCGCAUGAGUCGUCUUCCCUGUUUGCUACGC